CUCUAACAGUUAUCGUGACUUUGCCAUCACUAAACCAAAAUAUAAAUAAAAAAAAGACAAAUAUUUUCAAAACUGCGCUAUUUCUUUAGUUCACCCCAAAGGUGGAAAGUUUUUGAAGAAAAGUGAAUCUAAUUCGACAUGGGUCAGGUUUCCUUGGAGGACGACUGCCUGGUCCGUGAACUGGAUAGUCGGUAUUAUGGAUUUCUGGAUUUAUCAAACCCGAAACAUGCAGAAUUAAAAAAUUUAAUUCAACAAACUAUCGCCUACUUGCAAACCUUUAUUGCUAAUGGCCAAACGAAUGGAGUUAGUAAAAAGCAUGACACAAAAAAUGUGAUACAAAACUGCGAUCCUCCAAAGGAGGAACCUCUGGAUACCAUAUUGGCAACGAAUAGUGAAGAUUCUAAGGCGAACGAUGGGGAUUCAAAGGAAAUAAAGUUCUUCAACGAUGAUAAAAGCCAGGAGGAACAAUACGUAAACGCCCUCUGUAAACUUGGCCACCUUCAUCUUCUACUUGGUGAAUACUCUGAAGCUCUUUCCGCAUAUCAGAAGUAUUUACGAUUCAGAGAAAAUAACUACUGGACCAACCAUGCCUUCAUUUAUGGAAUUGGCGUUGCUUAUUUUAAACUUCGAUGCUUUAAGUGGGCCAUCAAAUCAUUUCAGGAGCUUUUGUACUUGAGUCCCAACUUUACCUGUGCGAAUGAAGUUCACUUACGUCUAGGUCUUAUGCUAAAACACUGCGGGGAGUUUCAUAUCGCCCUAAAACAUUUACAACUCGCCCUCUUAUAUACAAACCCAUCGACAUAUUCGGAACUUCAGGUCAAGUUUCAAAUCGCGCAUCUGUACGAAGUUCAAAACAAACACAAGGCCGCGAAGGAUGGCUACGAAUUUCUAUUAAAUGAAAAGAAUAUCUCACUCGAGCUAAAAGCAGAUGUCUACAGACAAUUAGGAUGGAUGUACCAUUGCGUAGAAUGCCUAGGCGAAAAAAAGGAACGUGAGGCAAGUGCACUGAGCUUUCUCCAAAAAUCAAUCGAAGCUGAUCCAAAGAGUGGACAAUCAUUAUAUUUACUCGGGAGGUGUUUUGCCGGCAUCAAUAAGGUUCAUGAUGCGUUCUUAGCAUACCGCAAUUCUGUAGAAAAGAGCGAAGGAAACGCCGAUACAUGGUGUUCGAUCGGCGUUUUAUAUCAGCAACAAAAUCAACCAACGGAUGCUCUUCAAGCCUACAUAUGCGCUGUUCAAUUAGAUAAGGACCAUAAAGCUGCGUGGACGAAUUUGGGAAUCCUUUAUGAGAGCUGCGGUCAAUUACGAGAUGCCUAUGCUUGCUACUUGAAUGCAACCAAACAAAUAUCAUUCCAGAAGACUUCAAUAUUUCGAAGGAAACAAGCAAUUCGCAUGAAAAAAGACCCAAUCGGGCUAUCCAAAGGUCUAUCGCAGCGGAUUAAGUUUCUGGAGGUCCAGCUCAGCCAAGCACCACUGCCAAGUAUUACUUCCAAAAGACGCCAAUUGUGUUCCAUCGAAGAAGCUUGGAAUCUGCCUAUAUCAUUAGAAAUGAACUCACGCCAACAGCAAACAGCACAGAUGCUGCCAAGACAAAUAAAACAAAGCCCAAUACAGGGACCACCACCUCCUUACCCGCACAGCCAACUCAGCCAAAGCCCUAUACCUGCAAAACGUAUUAAGGAAGAUAGCCCAAUUCAACAAGAACUAAUUCAGCAAAAUAUUCAGACGUCGCAGCUGAAUCAAAAUUUACUGAAUAUUUCAGAGACAUUAGGUCAGCGUAAUUUAAAUGCAAUGCCCGAAGGUAACAAGGUUUCAGAACAAAGUGUUGUGGACACGUUCGAUGACAUCUCGAAUGAUAUUUACAAACAAAACGAGAAUAUUAAGCUAGAGCGGUUAAGCCAAGACGCAAUCAGUAGUAAUUUAAGUGAAGACUCAAAACACAAUGAAUAUAAUGGUAGCCCCGACUCCGAAUUUUCGACAAAUUUUAAAAUCCAAAUGGAUUCAAAGCAGCUGAUGGCUGCUGUGAAGCUAUUGCCUGUCGACGAACCGCCGGUACAUUGUACGGUUCUACAAGUGAAUGCACCCCCACCAUCUCCGCCCGACUGCCCACCGCAGAAACUUACGAGGGAUCAGCUACUGCCACCCACGCCCUCAGUUCAUUUAGAAAAUAAGAAAAACGCUUUCAGCCCGCAGUUACAAGAGUUCUGUCUGAAACAUCCGAUAGCGGUUGUACGCGGAUUGGCAGGCGCUCUCAAGUUAGAUCUCGGCCUUUUCUCCACCAAAACGCUGGUGGAAGCCAAUCCGGACCACAGUGUUGAAGUUCGGACUCAAGUUCAUCAAUCGCCAGAUGAAAAUUGGGAUACAUCGCAAGGGAAGCGAGUGUGGGCCUGCAUAUCCCAUCGGUCUCACACAACGAUUGCCAAAUAUGCCCAAUAUCAAGCGUCCAGUUUUCAGGACAGCCUUAAGCCUAUUUUACCGCAGGAUGAAAGUGAUAAAGGGUUUCCGGGCUCUCAAGCGAUGUCAGACUCCGAUUCAAAGGACUCUGUAUCGAAUUCAAACAUUGUUCUUAAGCGUAAGAAACAUAAAAUUAAUAGUAAAAUGUUAAGAUUUGGGACAAAUGUUGAUCUCUCGGAUGAGCGGAAAUGGAAGCCACAACUAACAGAGCUACAGAAACUGCCAGCUUUUGCUCGAGUUAUUUCAGCUGCCAAUAUGCUUUCCCAUGUGGGGCAUGUCAUCUUGGGCAUGAACACCGUUCAAUUAUAUAUGAAAGUGCCCGGUAGUAGAACGCCUGGCCACCAAGAAAACAAUAAUUUUUGCUCAAUUAAUAUUAAUAUCGGUCCAGGAGAUUGCGAAUGGUUUGCCGUACCCGAUGCCUACUGGGGCGGCGUACACAAUCUAUGUGAGAAAAACAACAUUAGCUAUUUGCACGGGUCAUGGUGGCCUGUUUUGGAAGAUUUAUACAAGGAAAAUAUUCCAGUUUAUAGAUUUAUACAAAAACCAGGAGACUUAGUUUGGGUCAAUGCAGGGUGUGUGCAUUGGGUACAAUCGGUUGGAUGGUGUAAUAAUAUUGCCUGGAAUGUCGGACCAUUAACUGCUCGUCAAUAUUCUCUUGCUAUUGAACGAUAUGAAUGGAACAAACUGCAAGCCUUCAAAAGUAUUGUGCCGAUGGUUCAUUUAAGUUGGAACCUGGCGAGAAAUAUCAAAGUUUCCGACACAAAACUUUUUGAACUGAUCAAAAUGUGUUUGCUUCAAACUUUAAAAAAUGUCUUGCAUAUACAAGAGUAUGUGAAGUCGAAGGGGGUGGAAAUACGCUUUAAUGGUCGUGGGAAGAACGAGGCAUCGCAUUAUUGCGGUCAAUGUGAGGUUGAAGUCUUUAAUGUUCUGUUUAUUAAGGAACAGGAGAAGCGGCACGUGGUUCAUUGUCUAUCAUGCGCACUGAAACUGUCGCCAUCUCUCCAGGGCAUUGUUUGCCUGGAGGAGUACCGGCUGUCGGAGCUGCAGCGCGUGUACGAUUCAUUUACUUUGCACAGAACCCAAGGACUAGCAUACACUCAAUAGUUGUAAUACAAUGAAUCAUUUUUAAUAACUCAGAUUUAAUAAAUGUAUAUUUUACGA